AAAACCUCUCACAAACAAACCCUAAAAACUGCACAGAGAGAGAACAAGAAUAAAGAGAGAGAGAGAGAGAAAUGGCAGAGGGUCUUGUUCUUCGCGGCACGAUGCGUGCACACACCGAUGUGGUCACCGCAAUCGCCACUCCGAUUGAUAACUCAGACAUGAUAGUGACAGCAUCGCGUGACAAAUCCAUCAUUCUUUGGCAGCUCACUAAGGAAGACAAGACCUACGGCGUCCCUCGCCGCCGCCUCACCGGUCACUCACACUUCGUUCAGGACGUCGUUCUCUCAUCCGACGGCCAGUUCGCUCUCUCCGGCUCAUGGGACGGUGAGCUCCGCCUUUGGGACCUCAACGCCGGCACCUCCGCACGCCGCUUCGUCGGUCACACAAAGGACGUGCUCUCCGUUGCGUUCUCCAUCGACAACCGUCAGAUCGUGUCGGCGUCUCGUGACCGCACGAUCAAGCUGUGGAAUACCCUUGGUGAGUGCAAGUACACCAUUCAGGAUGGAGAUGCACAUUCCGAUUGGGUUAGCUGUGUCCGAUUCAGCCCUAGCACUCUUCAGCCAACUAUUGUUUCUGCUUCUUGGGAUCGCACUGUUAAAGUUUGGAACUUGAGCAAUUGCAAGCUGAGGAACACACUUGCUGGACACUCUGGCUAUGUUAACACUGUUGCUGUUUCACCUGAUGGUUCACUAUGUGCCAGUGGUGGCAAAGAUGGUGUUAUUCUGCUGUGGGAUUUGGCUGAGGGAAAGAGGUUGUAUUCUCUUGAUGCUGGUUCCAUUAUCCAUUCUCUUUGCUUUAGUCCCAACAGGUACUGGCUCUGUGCUGCCACUGAACAGAGCAUUAAGAUCUGGGAUUUGGAGAGUAAGAGUAUUGUUGAGGAUUUGAAGGUUGACCUCAAGACUGAAGCUGAUGCCAUUUCAGGUGGCGGCAACACUACCAAGAAGAAGGUUAUCUACUGUACAAGCUUGAACUGGAGUGCAGAUGGAAGCACUUUGUUUAGUGGCUAUACUGAUGGUGUGGUCAGAGUUUGGGCAAUUGGACGUUAUUAGGAAAGCUUAUCAAUAAUUUUCGAUGCGAAUCUGUUUUUGAUUUUUGAGACAAAGCUAGUUACUGUUUCACCCUAGAACUGUUAAAAAGUUUUUUAGGUUGUUGAUUGCCGAAUCAAUGGCUUUGUGGCCUUUUAUUUGUUUUAAAAUGCUCGCUUUGGUUAUUACUUAUUUGUAUGGAUAUUUCAACAUCUUGUCUU